GUGUACCACUGGGCAGAGAUGCGGACCAAGAUGCGCAUCAUGGGCUUCCACGCUGAGGCUAUCAAGCCGUUGAACGAGGCAGCAGCAGCCGAGCUGGGCGCGAAUCUGUUGGGCGAGGCCAUCAUCUUCGCCUGCGCGGGCAGCUGCCUACUGCUGGAGUUCUGGCGCCAGCAGUCACUGAAGCACCGCAAGGAAGUGGAGCGCGUGGCCUCGCUGCGGUCCCUGAGGGCAGACGUGGACCGCCUGGAGCAGGCACUGGAUGAGCUACAAGUGCAGGUGCAGGCGGCAGUGUCGAGGAGCGCGCUGGAGGAGCUGCGGGCUGAGCUGCGGGCGGAGCUGCAGGAAUUCAGAACCCAGAUCUGCGAGGAGCGCCAGGAACCUGAGCCCCAGCCCUCUGAGGGCCCAGAGUAGAGGCCUUGGACUCUGACCUUGGAUAUGGAUUGCUGUCUGGGCUUGUUCCACGCCUGGCUUCUCUGCGUGGGCCCACUGCGAACUGAGCCAGCUGACAUGUCCUGGUCUCUGGGGACAGAGGGAUCGAUCCUAGGCCGGGAAUGGUGUGAGUGUUACUUUCCACGGCGGUCUCUCACCCACUGGUGCAGCAUGUUGGGGAACCACCUAAGAGCCCUUCGCCUAGGGCGCUGGCCCAUCUCACUGGAACACUCCCUGCCUAGUGUCCGUCUACCUCACUUU